AGAGGGGAUCACAUGCCGACCAAAAAAAACAAAAAAGCACCCAGAGAGCUAACGCAGUGUUUAAAUGGCGAUCUAGCUCUUUACUACGCGGACGCACGGUUGCAUCAGAUCCUGUUCUCGCGCGCGUGUAUGUGUGUGUGUGUGUGUGUGUGUGUGAAUGUCUGUGCGCCGCGGCCGCUCCGCCACGCUACGUUACUUUUUUUUUAUUCCCAGGACGCAGAAUAGUAAUAAAUCCUCGCGGGCUGAGGAAAAGGCUGUGAUCACAAUAAAGACGUCACCCCGCUGCUCGGGUUGUGCUCCAGCGAGCCAAGUGCGCAGCUAUUCGCAGGCUACAACAACAACACGCUCCAGCGGCACCAUGCCCCUGGAUGAACGGGCUGCCUUUCUCCGAGAGAUCCCGACGGUUCCUGCGUCAGAUCCACGCAUCAUGGAGGAUGCAGCUGCCGCAGAACCAGCCCCUGCCACAGGUGCCGCCCCACCAACCCCGAGACCUCAGCCUUCCUCCAUCGCCAACUCUCGCAGCUUGCUGGAGUGGAGGCGGAGGGUCAAGUCCGAGUAUAUGCGCCUACGCCAAUUAAAACGCCUUAAAAAAGCAGAGGAGGUCAAGAGCCUGUUCAUGUCCAACAGACAGAAGAUCGAGGAGCAGACAAAUCUCCUGAACACAGAGUGGUCCAAGCUCAGGAUUCAGCCCACACCUCUGUCCACUUCUGGUGGAGCUAUGGCCGGAAAAAAGAUGUGUACGGUGGAGUUUGGCUUCCCAGGAUUCAAAGCUCAAGCCAUCGCCAUGAGGCCCCUGUCCACAGUGGCAGGAAUCCCCUUCAUGUACUCCUGGUCGCCUCUGCAGCACAACUUCAUGGUGGAGGACGAGACGUUCCUUCACAACAUCCCCUACAUGGGCGAUGAGGUGCUGGAACAGGACGAGGCCUUCCUGGAGGAACUCAUCGACAACUACGAUGGCGUGCAUGGUGACAGAGAGGGCGGUUUCAUCAGCGACGAGAUCUUUAAAGAGCUGGUGGAGGCCUUGAGCCAGUACUCUGACCACGAGGAGGAGGAAGAGGAGGAGGCGGUGGCCGUGGCGGUGGUGGAGGCGGUGGGGAAGAAGGAGGAGGAGAGGGCGAUGAGGAGGAGCUCGGCGGAGGGUUCGGAGGAGACCAAAGCUGGGGCUGUGGCGUUCGCCAAGAGGAAGAGGAGGAGCACGACGGAGGUGAGGGACUUGUGCGGCAGCAAGAAGAUCCCCAACGAUAAGAUAUUUACGGCCAUUGCCUCCAUGUUCCCGUACAAGGGCACCACAGAGGAGCUGAAAGAAAAGUACAAGGACCUCCUCGAGCCCCCCAGCCUGGUGAAGCUGCCCCCACUUUGCACCCCCAACCUGGACGGACCUUUUGCUAAGUCGGUGCAGCGGGAGCAGUCCUUACACUCCUUCCACACACUCUUCUGCAGACGUUGCUUCAAAUACGACUGUUUCCUACACCCUUUUCAUGCUACACCCAAUGUUUACAAGAGGAAGAAUAAGGAGAUCCGAAUGGAGACUGAGCCAUGUGGUGCGGAUUGCUUUCUGCUACAGAAAGGGGCUAAAGAGUUUGUGGAUCAGAAUAUGAUACGGCCCCAGAAGUCUCGCCGAUGUCGGAAGCAACAGCGUUCCACCGUUUCCAGCUGUCCUGGACCAUCUGGGUCCACUGAGGAAGGCAAAGAGGGCGAGAGUGACCAUGAGACCACCUCCUCCUCAGGUGUGUGUGUGUGCGAAACAGAGAGUAAUUCACGGUGCCAGACUCCCACCAAGCUGCGUCCAGGGGAUGAUGACGGCGAGCAGCAGCCGUGCUGUGUGGUCCAGUGGAGCGGGGCGGAGGAGUCCCUGUUCAGGGUCCUGCACGGCACAUAUUUCAACAACUUCUGCUCCAUCGCGCGUCUCAUCGGUACCAAGAACUGCAAGGAGGUGUACGAGUUCGCAGUGAAGGAGGUCCUGAUCCACCGGGUUCCUUUAGAGGAUGGAGGCAUCUCGCCCCAAAAGAAGAAAAGGAAACACAGGUUAUGGGCGAAGAUUCAGCUGAAGAAAGAUAACUCCUCCAAUCAGGUGUACAACUACCAACCAUGUGACCACCCCGACCAUCCGUGCGACAGCUCCUGCCCUUGUGUGAUGACCCAGAAUUUCUGCGAGAAGUUCUGUCAGUGCGAGCACGAGUGCCAGAACCGCUUCCCAGGCUGCAGGUGUAAGACUCAGUGUAACACCAAACAGUGUCCCUGCUACCUGGCUGUGAGGGAGUGCGACCCAGAUCUGUGCAUGACCUGCGGAACUGCGGACCAGUGGGACAGCAAAGUGAUCUCCUGCAAGAACUGCAGCAUCCAGAGAGGCCUGAAAAAGCACCUGCUGCUGGCGCCAUCAGAUAUCGCCGGGUGGGGCACCUUCAUCAAAGAGCCCGUUCAGAAGAAUGAAUUCAUCUCAGAGUACUGCGGAGAGCUGAUCUCUCAGGACGAGGCGGACCGACGUGGCAGGAUCUACGACAAAUACAUGUCCAGCUUCCUUUUCAACUUGAACAAUGUAGACUUUGUUGUGGACGCCACACGUAAGGGGAACAAAAUCCGCUUUGCAAAUCAUUCAGUAAAUCCCAACUGUUACGCAAAAGUGGUAAUGGUAAACGGAGACCAUCGCAUCGGGAUCUUUGCCAAACGAGCUAUCCUGCAAGGAGAGGAGCUUUUCUUCGACUACAGGUAGAGUCACAGGCCUUUUUGUGACUCUCCAUCAGCUUCAAAGUACAGCCAAGCUGAUGCCCUCAAGUACGUGGGGAUAGAGAGGGAGGUGGACAUGACAUAGCUGCACCUGGCGCCAACCUCCUGAACCUGUCCCCCGUAACUCCUCGGGCACCUAAUAACGCUUCUUACCCUUUCCGCAGUGUCACGUCUAGCUGACGCCUUUCUCCUAAACAUUCACUGUCUCACUCCUCUCCGCUGCACUUCCAAAAAUAGACAGUCCCUCCCUGAUGGUUUGCAGGUGCCGCUGCUCUGCAGACCACCGCACUGCCGCCAUCAAGGACGGCUGUCGCCUCGCCCUCCUCCUCAUCUGCCCACACCCACCCACCAACCCGCAAGACUGUAUACGCCAAGCUUAUGAAACAAAACCAUUUACAGUGGAAAUACUAUUAAUCCACAUUGCACAUUCUCUUCGGUUACAUCUUGUCAAAGCAAAGAGGUGACAAUUACCCAUCAUGCAGCGUGUUAAUCUCUCUCAGCAGUUUUGUUACCGUACUUAUAGACCGGCUUUUGUUUGACCUCUCGACACGUAACGUAAGCUUUUACUUCGUACCCGAUGAUGAUCGGUGAAAUGCAUGUGCUGUCUCUUGGAUAAUCCAACCAUUAAACGUGUUAGCCACAGCAUUAGCUUCAGUCAGACACAGUCACUCUGUAUCGUAGUGUUGUGUUACCCUCUUCAGAGGAACCUGACCGGGUGUGUUCCUCUGUGAACCCCAGUCAGUGGCAGGCCUCUCCGCCACAUCUCUAUGGUAAAAUAAGUUAUUGUGCAUUUAUAUCAUUGUUCUGCAAAAAAAAUAAAAUAGGCAACCAGACGAGAAACCGACUGACUGAAUGUAACCUGUGGACGAUAGUGAAGAGAUCUCAUCCCCUCUUUUCAUUUUUUAACACACCAACCCAUUCCUGAUUGGUACUCUGAGCAACGUGCGCGCACAUCAAACAUUUCGAUUUCAUGUUUACGUGAUCUUGAAUCCGUCACACUUUGUGAGGCAAGUAAUUGACAAAUGAACGAAUCACAGAUUAAAUGUCUUCCUUUGAAAAUCGUAUACAAGUGCCAAAUGUUUCUACGCAGAGAAAAGACUGAAGCAGUGCGGAGGAGUAACUUCUGCAAGGUUUAAACAAUGGGAAAAACAAAAAGUUUGACCAAAUAUUCAAGUCCCCCACAUGUGAAUGUAAAAUAUCAUUUAUCAUCUUGUCUUUUUUUUUUUUUUUAUACGUCCAGAUUUGUUAUGCGCUCCGUUCUUCAUUUAUGAAACAUUAAUUCCCACUUUGAAAUGAGAUCUUUGUCAACAGAGAUGAACAAAAUGGAGUUUACUGAUAUGUACAGUGUAUGCCUAUAAAAAUAAAACUUUAACUUUAUACAUUAA